AUGCAUUAUGUGAAAGAGCAUACCAGCAUUCCUGUCUCGGACAUUCUUAUCUUUGAUCCCGACUGGGACAGAAAAGUCGGCGGAGAAACGAUGGUGUUAACCCCACGGUUAUGGAGGUCUCUUACAGACGAUCAAUGGGAGACGUUGUGCACAUCCGUAGCAGACAUCUGGUCUCAGCUUCUCCGCUUACGCUUCAAAUUUAUCGGAAGUAUAUAUGAACAGACGGAAGAGUCUGAAAAUCGAUAUUUUAUCGGACCUAUGGCCUACCUUCCACAAGCUGGAACUCUCGCGUCUCCCGAGGCCUCGACGUCUGGCCCGUUUUCUUCUUCCAGAGAGUGGCUUGUUGCGGUGUCUAACGGAAAACUAUCCCCAACUCGAAGAAUUCCGCUAGACUUCGACUACGAGCACAAGUGGCGAGAAACAACAAUCGAUGUCGUGAAGAAGUCUCCUUUGCUCGACUCUGAAUUCCUUGAUCACGAGCAGAUUGUCCUAUCACACAUCGACUAUUCGUUGCACAACAUCCUCGUCGUCCGCGAAGAUCCUACUCGGGUCAUCGCUGUGAUUGAUUGGGAGGGCGCGCGCACUGUCCCCAUGUGGGCUGCCAAUCCAACGUUCCGGUGGCCGUUCUUGUUAUCAAAAGCUAAAGUCAGCCAUCUCCAACAGAUAAUACGGAAACGUAUAGCGAGCCAGAUACCUGGAUGGGAGUUCGCAACUGGAGACGGGUACGAUACACUUCACUUGUUGCAAAGGCGUGCAGAGUGCAGCGACGCGGAUCCGUCUGUGUAUGACACCGGGGAACCAAUACAACAUAUAAUGUCGUGGAUUGAUGCACGUUGUAUGGCUUUCUGAAGGACAUAAGGUAAAGAUAUCAUGUGUACUGGGAUACACCGUAUUAUUAUAUUUCAUCUCGCUGUUUGACAUGUCUCGAUCCAUAACAGCUUUCUUCUUCAAACCGUAGCAGAAAUGAUUACUACUUCACUUCUUCUCUGAGGACCGAUACAGCUCCUAUCUGACUGAUUUCAAGUCCUCAGCACAAAAUCGCUGGAACCAAUUCGCAAUCCCUCGCGCGGACUCUU